ACACCGCUUAGUGAUGCCUUGGAAAACCUUCAAACGUACUGUACAUUAAACAAAUCCUUCUCAUCCAUGCAAUUAUCCUCAUUACUUUCUUUGAUAAUAUUAGCAGGAAACAGACGAGCCUCUUCGUGAUGUCUGGAUCACAUGGAGCAAAUAAGCCGCAGAAGAGGAAAAAGGAUGAAUCUGAGGAUGGGUACAGAGAGGACUGGCAGAGGAACCACAGACAUUCUCCCAAUAAAAGAAAGUGCUUUUCGCCUUCAGUCAGUUCCGAAAAAUGUUUUGCCGUUCAUCCCCGUAAUAAGUACAAUACGUCUGCUCCAGCUCUGAGGAAACCGAUGUUUGUUGGAGAUUUCUGCCUGGAUGAGAAUCGAAUGUUUUGCCACGAUAAAAGAAACCUUCAUUUUAUCAAUGUUGAUUGGCAAGAGUCUAAGAAGGUUGAUUUCGACCUUAAUAUUGCGAUGGAUAAAAUGAUCAAAAAGAACUUUCAAGAAACACGAAAAGAAAAACUUGACCGCCUCCUGCAAUGGAUUCUCCAGGAUAAAUACAAGUUCCACACGAGAGAUUCGGAAGGCAAACCAUUACAGUGUUUGUCCACAGAUUUUGUCUGUUUCCGAGGCCUACUAACAGAGUUACUAUGCACACCAUAUGAGGGCAGAGAGGGAUGGAUCAUUUGUGCAACCAAGUACCGUGGGACAAUAUAUCUCUGUGCUUAUGAGACACCCGAAAAACUUGCACAUCGUGAGAAUGAGACAGAGGUACAGAAAAAGAUGUGUUCGUGGGGCUACAAAUUUGAACAUUUCAUGACAGAGGGUACCAAUGUAAAUGAAGGAAUAAAUGAAAAUGAGGAGUACUGCUGUGUUGUGCGUUCUCGUUUGGAUAACCAUUCUCUGGUUUAUGGAGCUGAGGUAGAUGGUGCUGAUCCAGAAAAGUAUAAAAACCCACACUCUGACCUUAGUGCUUUUGUGGAACUUAAGACAAGUAAAGAAUUAAACACUGACAGAGAUUUAAGAUCACUCCACAAAUUCAAAUUAAUGAAAUGGUGGAGUCAGUCAUACCUAGUAGGAAUACCGCGAGUUGUGGCAGGGUUCAGAGACAUGGACGGACAUGUGCACACUCUAAAGACUUACCAUGUUACUGAAAUGCCACACAUAGCUCAGGAUCACUGGCAAGACAAUAUAAUGCUAAACUUCCUCAAUCAGUUCUUGAGCUAUGUCAAAAAGAAUGUUCAGAAGGAUGACCCAAGGACUGUCUACAAGUUUGAAAGACAGAAGCAGGGAGGAGACAUCUACUGUACUUACCUUGGUCAAGACCCUGCUUGGACAUUUCUACCAAAGUGGUACUAUGAGAAAAUAUUCCAGCCAGAGGAUAAUUCAGAAUAGGUUUAUUGUAAAUUAGGGACGAUUUUUAUAUUUCAUGCAUUGUAUAAUAGAUAAUUCAAAAGGUUUGAAAUAUAUUUUAUACUAUU